AUGGACCAAAUUGGCAUUUCUGAUUCCCAUUGUGAUGCGUUGGUGUCACAGCCCGAACAGGACGAACUGCCAGCACAGACACAUUCACUUUUGGAAGCUCUGGAAAAUGCACUGUUUAAUGAAAGGUCAUCUCCCCUCAUUUUGCCGCCCUUUACCCCAUUGUUGGAGGAAAUCAAAGAGGCAAUCGAGUUCCAAGAAAGAUCUUUCGAAAGUGUCGAGAAUUUCUCUUCAAACAUUGAGGCAUACAUGAAUACUAUAAAACUGAUGGAUUUGGAACGAGUCAAGUACCUUUCCCGCUCUUAUAUUGAAAUCCGGAUAGCAAAACUAAACGUCCAGCUGUAUAAUAUUACACCCUCAAAAUCAGAAUCGUGUCUAAUGCCCCACGAGAAGAUCCAUCUGGAAAACAUUCGUAAAUCUACAGACAAAUUUCUGAUCGAAAAGCUGUAUAGCCACUUUCCUGAGCCAAUCAAGAAAAGGCUGAUCUCUGAUGAUUGUCAAGUUAUUGAUAAUGGGCUGGUAUCAGGUUCAAUGCCCCAAAUUAACGGCCACGUUACGUGUUUGAUAUUAGAAGACAUUGGUGAGUAUAUGAUCGAUCCUAUUUUGAUGCUGUCUGUAUCGUGUAAAAAAGGAGACAUUUUCAGGAUGCCAUUUAAAUCUGCUCUGCAAUUGGUUCUAAAAAGUAGCGCUAGAUUAAUAUAA